AUGUCGUCCAACUCGCUCAAUGUCAUAGCCCUGAUAUCGGGCGGCAAGGAUUCGCUGUUCAGCAUCCUGCAUUGCCUUGAGAGCGGGCACCAGGUGGUGGCGCUCGCCAACCUCUACCCGGGCGCCACAUCCGUGAGCAAUGAACGAAGGAAUGCAUCCUCGGUCGAGAUUUCUCACGGAGAAGGCCAAUCUGAAGAAGGGGAAGAUCUAAACAGCUUCAUGUACCAGACGGUCGGACACUCCGUGAUACCACUGUACGAGAAGUGUCUCGGCAUUCCGCUCUACCGGCGAGAAAUCAUGGGCUCGGCAGUGCAAAUGGGUCGAUACUACGAUGCAAGCGAUCUCGGUUCAACGCUCGACGAGACCGAAGACUUGAUACCCUUGUUGAGGGAAGUCAUGCAGAUACACCCCGAAGCGAAUGCUCUCUGUUCGGGCGCCAUACUCUCGACCUACCAACGGACCAGAGUCGAGUCUGUCGCAGUCCGGCUUGGUCUAACACCGCUGGCAUACCUCUGGCAAUAUCCUGCGCUUCCUCCCCCAAUUGGACGAGGUGAGUCCCUGACUGGCCUGCUGGAUGACAUGAGAGCAGCUGGCUGCGACGCCAGAAUCAUCAAGAUUGCAAGCGGUGGCAUCAAAGAGAGUCUUUUGUGGGCCAAUGUAGCAGACCCAAGAACCCAGUUGAGGCUUGUGAACGGUCUCCGGCCUUUCUUCCCCGACCACGAGUUCUGGCUGCGCGGAGCGGUCUUGGGAGAAGGGGGAGAAUACGAGUCGCUGGCUGUCAAUGGGCCUAGAAGACUGUGGAGGAGAAGAAUCGUGGUCCCACCAGAACAGCAAUCUACAUUUACUGGGGAAGGCGGAGUGAGCUAUCUCCAACUGGGGAAGCCCAGAACAGAGGAGAACCAUGCAGAUGGCUCUGAAACACAGGAAGAGUCACUCAGAGUGCCACAGCUGUUUGACCCUCAAUUCCAAGCCGUCGUGGUGACUGUCAAACCCCAAGAGACGGCGAGCGUCAGCAGCGAUGCAGAGAAGCCCGAUGAAGCUGACACCCAAAGGUCGCGGCGAAUGUUGAUACCAUCCCUCCGACCUGUCAAGUGCCUGACCUCAGGCCAUGUAUCAAUUUGCAACAUUACUUCCGGCGGACCCAGCCAUGCUGAAAGUCCAAGCAGCGCUGCAAGUCAAAUGCAGCAUAUAUGUGAUGACCUGAAAUCUUUGCUCGGGUCGAUAUCAAGCUCUCUCGAUAUAGCGACAGGGCUCACACCGUCUAAUAUCGUCUCCACGACCUUGUUGCUGAAGGACAUGUCGAACUUUGGGGCGGUCAACCCGAUCUAUGCUUCGCUGUUCCGCUCAGGCGAGCCGAACCCUCCAGCACGUGUCACAAUUGCAUGUCCGCUUCCAGAGAACAUUGAAGUCAGUCUGAGUGUGCUAAUCGACGCCGGCCCUCGUGAUGCCCGACGAGGGCUGCACGUGCAGAGUCGGAGCUACUGGGCGCCAGCGAACAUUGGACCGUACAGUCAAGCCAUUUGUGUGCCAGUGGGCAAACAAGAGGAAACCCAAAUCAAUGUUCACGAUGCAGGGUUGGUAGAGAUGGUCCAUAUGGCCGGACAAAUCCCUCUGGUUCCGCACAGCAUGAAUUUUCUUUCGCAGGCAGGGUUUUUGGAGGAGACGGCGUUGGGUCUGCAGCAUUUGUGGCGGAUUGGCCAAGAGCGAGGUGUCGACAUGUGGCCUUGGGGGAUAGCCUUUUUGGAAAGCGGCUGCACAGAUGGCCCUGUUCGUCCCGAGCUUUCAUGCAGAGUAUGGCAACAAGCUCAUCUGACUGGGACGAGAUCGACAAAGGCCGGCAUGGGCGAAGAAGGCGACGAGGCGGACGAGGGGCCGGAUGCGUGGGACCUGCAGUAUAAUCGUGCUUCGACGUAUGAGGCGUCCAGUGGAGAGAUGACAGUAGGCCAACAUCUUCAUCUUCUUCCAGACGCAAAUAUCUUCCGACAGGAUGGGAGCUCAGCUACGUUCGUUCCUCCCUUCGUCGCUGCAGAGGUUGUUUCUCUGCCUCGAAGCGCGCCGGCCGAGUGGUGGAGCAUGGGAAUCGCAAAUUUGCCCAAGAGUCCAGCAUCCAAGCCUCGAGUGUCGGCAGUUCGGAAAGAUCGGGUUUGGGGAUCUAUGGCCAAGGUGACAAUUCAUCCUCCUUCAUACGGGAAAUCAGGCACAAUUGUUCACUUGAUCACGGCGCUGGUCCAUCAACGUGCUGACAUUGCUGGGGUCGAGAGCGAUAUCCUAAACCUGAUUCUGCCCGACAACGAGUCCGAAACUCUGUCAUUGGGCCCUGCAGAACUGGUCCACGGCACCGCUUUCAUCACGUUGCAGGCUCAACAGGAGUGGUCUCGGAUGAGUGGAGGGCAUCUCCUCAGGAACCUAGCAGUCAUACCGUGCAACUCGUUGUUUGGAAGCUCUGGGGUAGUUCCCAGUGCGGCUGCGGCGAACAACCUGGCCGUCUCGUCGCUGCCGGCCAUUGAGUUCGGCACAGACAUCCAAGCACCAGCGGCGUUCUACCCACCCUUGCCCCUUGGCCUCGCAGUGGUCAUGCGGAUCGACCAGAGUACGAUGUAG